UCAUUUCACAAUAGUCCCGCCCAUGCUGUGCCAGGCUCGAGUGUAGUCUGUGCUACAGUUUACUUAGUUAAAGAAGACUUCUGGGCGUAGAGGAUUUUCUACUGUCACUACUCUACUGCUUAGUACAGGACUGCCACUAAAGAAGACUAGUCACAGACUGUCGUGGGGUGAGAGGGGCCCCGGAGCAGAGACCCUCUGGACUAAUUUACAGUCAAAUCCACCCCUGGCCCUCAUCUCUUUUCCCAUUGCUCCCCUGAAAAACCUAAACGUCCUCCUCAGAAGGACAUCAGCGACUCCCCUCCACCCCUCUACUCCCUCAUCCUCCUCCCCCUCUGCCUAGUUCUCAUGUUCCUCCUCCGGGGAGGUUGGAGAGCAGGGGGCACACACGUGGACAGCUGCCCAGGCUCGGGGCCACGGUGACAGACAUGGGGCUCAAGAGGAGAAUGGGGCUGUGCUUCCUGGGUGUCAUCUCCCUGCUGGUCAUCUACAUCCUGUGUUUGAGCCUGGAGAUCACCGUCCCCUGGCGCAUGGUCAACCUGAACCUGUCACACUUCCCUGGUCUUGGGUACACACAGGAACCAAACAGGUCACAUGACUCUGAAGACUCUAUUGACGGCAACACACCGUCAGAUGGUUUGGACAGCCUACACAUUGGUUCAACACCAACAACACAUUUCAGGUUAAAGGUACAGUCCACAUCCCCUGUCGGAGUCAGACCCUCAAUGAAACCUGGAGCCAGGGUCAGGACUACCAAGGGUCAAAAUAUUAAAGGUGCUCUCCUCUCCAAUUCAACCAAACCAACAGAGCCACCUUUCAUUGGAGACAGUUACUACAGCGAAGUCGCCCCACCUCAAACCGACUGUCCAAAUAGUAUUCGUAGCAGGGUUACCCUGACAGACUUUGGGGUGAGGUAUCUGGGCAGGAUCCCUGUCCUCCAGUGGGCCAAGCAUGCCACUCCAGAACAGUACCAGCGCCUCCAAGUGUACCCAGGGGCUCACGGCUGGGGAAACCUUGACAUUGACACUCUGGUGUCGACCCUGUCUGUUCUCAACACAUCAGCCAACUGGCACAUGUUUGAUGACUGGGAUCGUCGUAGCAACGGCUCGCAGUGUGUCUGCUGUGCUGUCGUGGGCAACGGAGGGAUUCUGAAGGAUUCUAAGAAGGGCCGGGAGAUUGACCAACAUGACUAUGUCUUCAGGACCAACGGAGCUGUGAUUAAGGGCUUUGAGCAGGAUGUGGGCUCUAGAACAUCCCUCUACACGUUCUCCACCAACACCCUCCGUAACUCCAUGAAGAGCUAUGCCGGAGCAGGCUACAGAGGACCCCCGCUCUCUGAGGAGACUAGGUAUGUCUUCCUGCCAGACCAUGACAGAGAUUACCUGCUGAUGAAAGCAGCCGCCACACACACUCCAGUAGAGAGAGGGCCAGAGAAGAGCAAAACGCCACCCACAUACUUUGGAAAAAAUGUGAGUGUAGAAAAGUUCAAGAUGUACCAUCCAGAUUUCAUACGUUACAUCAGAAACAGGUUCCUCCGAGGCCAUGCCAUGCAGACCAAAUACAAAAACAUAUACCGUCCAUCAACAGGUGCUGUGAUGCUGCUGGCUGCUAUGCACACCUGUGACCAGGUGAGCGCAUAUGGCUUCAUGACUCCAGACUAUAAAAACUACUCUGACCACUACUAUGACAGCAGAUAUCACCCUGUGGGUUUCUUCAUCAACCAUGACCUGAAGAUGGAGAUGACACUGUGGCAGCAGCUCCACCAGGCAGGACUCAUCACGCUCUACAUGCACCAGUGAUCUCAGGAACUAACUCACCCCAGGUCACUAUGGCAACGACCACAUUAAUGACAUACGUCUAUGGUAAUGACUCCGUCUCCACCACUGGCUCCCAAGGUUUGCCAACCCCCAGUAAACUAACUUAGUGUUAGUUGCAACUACAAGAUUUAUAGAAAAAUUACUCCACGUCUGACUUCGUCAUUGCCUGCCAUGUUGGAGGUUAGCCAAUACUUCUGAGAAAAUGGUCUCCAUGGAGAUGGGCUUAGCCUAUCCUCUUGAGAAGUCUCUAAAAGGGUGGAGGCAGGUUGCCAGUCAUAGACUGUUGCUGACACUUGCUGAGUUACCAGGAAAACUGACAGAUUCUUUUCAUUCUGGGAAAAGAUUGUUUUAGACUGUGCAGCUGAAGAUUUUAUCAAUGGCCCUGAUUUUGGACAUAUUUGACCAAAUAAUAUUUAUUAGCCUUUUAAUUUUUUUAAUGUUUAAUAUUACCCCCUUUUCUCCCCAAUUCCGUGGUAUCCAAUUGUUAGUAGUUUCUAUCUUGUCUCAUCGCUAUAACUCCCAUACGGGCUCGGGAGAGAUGAAGGUCGAAAGCCAUGCGUUCUCCAAAACACAACCCAACCAAGCCGCACUGCUUCUUAACACAGCCCUCAUCCAACCCGGGAGCCAGCCGCAUCCAUGUGUCGGAGGAAACACUGUGCACCUCGCAACCUGGUUCGUGUGCACUACACCCAUCCCGCCACAGGAGUAGAGACAAGGAAAUCCCUACCGUCCAAACUCUCCUUAACCCAGACGACGCUAGGCCAAUUUUGCGUCGCCCCACGGACCUCCCGGGUUGCGGCCAGCUGCGACAGAGCCUGGGUGCGAACCCAGAGUCUCUGGUGGAACAGCCCUAGACCACUGCGCCACCCGCGAGGCCCCUUUUUAUUAGCCUUUUUAUACUAUUUUAAGACCUUUUUUAGUAUUUUUAAACCAUUUCAGACAAUCAGCUUUUGUGGGUUUUAGUCAGACAUAUGUUUCAAAGAUCAUACCCCCAAGACAUGCUAACCUCCCCUGUUAUUGGUAAUGGUUAGAGGUUAGAUCAUACCCCCAAGACAUGCUAACCUCUUCUGUUAUUGGUAAUGGUGAGAGGUCAGCAUGUAUGAUCUGUGACCCUCCCUCUACCUUUCUCACUCAUCAUUAUUCACAAUUCAUUCAGGAUUUUCUGUAAUCAUGGUAGCAUCCACAUGAAUGUAGAAGUGUUUAGAAACAUAUGCUAUUCUUAUUUAUAAUAAAAGUGACUCUAUUGGGCGCAAAAUAAUCUGAAACACUACCAAACUAACUGCAAAUGCAUCCAACAAGUUUGUAGAGUCACAAGCUUGAUGUCGUCAUGGGAACAAAUAUUAAACUUUUACCACUUUAUUUAUAAGAAUCUUUAGGGUUGUCAAUAAUUUUUACCACUACCUUUUUGAGAGAUAAAAAAGUAUUACUUGUUAAACAAAAUCUGAGCAAUUGUAAAUAUAAAAUAUAAUUCCCCCAUUUUUUUGCAUUCAUUAUAGAUCCGUAUUUUAAUUAUUUAUUUUACACAGUUGUUAUUGCUCAUCUUUUUUUAAGGGUGUCAGUAAUUUCGGACCCCACUGUAUGUUGACAAGAGAUAGGGCUGUUACUGCUGGGCGGGCCACCUACUUAAAAUACCCUCUACCCUCCCUCACUGCCCUAAAUUCUUUCGCGCAGCACUGCCGGCAGUAGUCAUGGUCUAUUCUGAUAAGUAGUCAGAUUAUUUUGACAUGAUAUUACUAUGUUUCUGUGUGGAGUCAGUGUAGUAGUGGGUCAACAGACAACUCAAGUGUUUGACCAAAGCAAAGUUAAGGGGAGAAGAUAACAUUUUUUUUUAAGCCAACAUUUUUCUUUUUAUUAAAUAUGUUUUUAAAAUGUAUUUUACUUUCAUACAUGUUUCCUUAUUAAUAUGAGAGAGCAAUGCUACAUAGACAAGAACUGUAUUUUUUUUCAAACUACCACCAGUGUGUUCCUUAAUGUGAAUCUCAAUCUUUUGUCUGCAAAAUAAGUUGUUUUUGGGGUAACUGGGGAAACUAUUUGAAGUGAAGGAAGAUGUUUCCACAACAACUCCAAAAGGACACUUUGUCAGUGGCCUUUCUCCUCGGGCACUCGCUCCCAGAACAUGAAUGGAUGUUUCCAAGGAUCUCCUGGAGAAUUGGAGUAUGUGUGGCUGGACUAGACAAUAGAGCACCUGGACUCUUCUCAAAGAUAGCUCAGGGCUGGAUUCGUUAGGCACCAACCAGAAGAAAAUUGACUGAAAAAAGGAAGGACUACUUAAACUCCUCCAAUAAGAAACAUUUCUUUUAGUUUUCCGUUGCAAAGCAUUUUGCUAUGCUGUACCCUAAUGAGCAUGCCCCAGAAUGAAUAGUGACAAUAGUCACAGAAGUAUCAUUGUUUCUGCUGAAUAUUGAUGCCUGAUGAAUGAGGUCAUUCAGGACCUGAGAAGAACAUUAGAUUAAUCUGGUCACUGUGACCAUAGAGAUUGAUCUCUGACUGAGACUUUGCAUGGUCACCUCCACAUGGGGUCACCUCCACAAUGUGCACAAAAUAUAUGUGGAGCAGCGUAAAGAAACCAAAGACCCUACAACAGAAUCAAUGAAUUAGCUUAUAUGACAUUUUUGUUGUAUGUCUUUUUAGAAUAACAAUCCUUUAACAAUGACAUUAAAUGGUUCCGGCUUUCCUGUACGGAAGACUCACAUCAGACAUGAGUUUUUAAUGUGUACAGAAGAUGUGGUAAACUUGUUUGUUGUUGAUGGAGUUAACAGGGGGAAUUGGGUUGAGGGAGUUCCUCCAUAAUGCCAUUUUUAGCGUGGAUGUGUUUAAUGUAAUAGAAAUCUCUAAAGAAAUUGAGAAUUAAAGUUUGUCUUGUAUUUCUAUUUUGAUAGAAUGUCAUGUUAGUAAUCUGAACAUAAUUAAUGCACCUCCAAAGUAGGCAAUAGUGUUAAUAGGUUGUUAGGAACAGCAGAUUAGGAACACACACCACCAUCGAGCAGUUUUGUAUGAAGGCUUUAACAGCCUGUACAGUGCCCUCAGAAAGUAUCCACACCCCUUGACUUCCACAUGUUGUGUUACAAAGGAGGAUUAAAAUAGAUUUAGUCAACAAUCUACACAAAAUACUUUGAUGUGGAAGAAAAAUGUGAACAUUUGUUUAAAAAAUAUAUACAAAAUAAUGCACUAAUGUAUCUUGAUUGGAUAAGUAUUCAACCCCCUGAGUCUGUUAGAAUCACCCUUGGCAAUGAUUACCCCUGUGAGUCUACAAAAGUCUCUAAGAGCUUUCCUCACCUGGAUUGUGCAAUAUUUGCCCAUUUAUUAUUUUCUAAAUUCUUCAAGCUCUGUCAAAUUGAUUGUUUAUCAUUGCUGACAACCAUUUUCAGGUCUUUCCAUAGAUUUUCAAGCCAAUUUAAGUCAAAACUGUAACUCGGCCACUCAGGAACAUUCACUGUCUUCUUGGUAAGCAACCAGUGUAGAUUUGGCCUUGUGUUUUAGGUUAUUUUCCUGCUGAAAGGUGAUUUCAUAUCCCAGUGUCUGAUGGAAAGCAGACUGAACCAGAUUUUCCUCUAGGAUUUUGCCUGUGCUUAGCUACAUUCCGUUUAUUUUUUUUUCAUGAAAAACUCCCCAGUCCUUAACGAUUACAAGCAUACACAUAAUUUCAUGCAGCCACCACUAUGCUUGAAAAUAUGGAGCGUGGUACUCAGUAAUGUAUUGGAUUUGUCCCAAACAUAACAGUAUGUGUUCAGGACAAAAAGUGAAUUAUUUGUCAAAUAUUUUGCAGUAUUACUUUAGUGCUUUGUUGCAAACAGGAUGCAUGUUUUGGAAUAGUUUUUAUUCUGUACAGGCUUCCUUCUUUUCACUCUGUCAAUUAAGUUAAUAAUGUGGAUUAACUACAAUGUUGUUGAUCUAUCCUCAGUUUUCUCCUAUCACAGCCAUUAAACUCACGGUGAAAUAUUU